UGACGAAUAAUCAACGCAUGCUCUUGUAUCCAUAAACUUAAAAAGCCAAUCGAAAGUAUUGGAUAAUGAAAAAGAAAAAAGAUGAUAAAGGAAUUUUCAUUACACACACACACCUACCCAAAUACUAAGUUUUUUAUAUAAACAGUAUCCAACUCUCUUCUUUACCCUCAAACCCAAACACAUAAAAAUGAGUCAACACAACAUCUUAGAAGCUCUAAAUGUCCGGGUCGUGGGUACGGGUGAUCGGAUCCUGUUUCUAGCCCAUGGAUUCGGUACUGACCAAUCAGCUUGGCACUUAAUCCUUCCUUACUUCACCCAAAACUACAGAGUCGUCCUCUAUGACCUAGUUUGCGCCGGCAGUGUCAAUCCCGAUUACUUCGAUUUCAAUCGUUACACAACUCUCGAUCCUUACGUCGAUGAUCUUCUCAACAUCGUUGAUUCACUCGGAAUCCAAAACUGUGCUUACGUUGGUCACUCUGUUUCCGCUAUGAUCGGAAUCAUAGCUUCGAUUCGUCGGCCGGAGCUUUUCUCGAAGCUUAUCUUGAUCGGAUUUUCACCUAGGUUUCUCAACGACGAGGAUUAUCACGGAGGAUUCGAAGAAGGUGAAAUCGAGAAGGUUUUCUCAGCUAUGGAAGCUAAUUACGAAGCUUGGGUUCAUGGAUUUGCUCCGCUUGCUGUUGGAGCUGAUGUUCCGGCGGCUGUUAGAGAAUUUAGCCGGACUUUGUUUAAUAUGCGUCCGGAUAUUUCUCUGUUUGUUUCGAGGACGGUGUUCAACAGCGAUCUGAGAGGUGUGCUUGGGUUCGUUAGAGUUCCGACGUGUGUAAUUCAGACGGCGAAGGAUGUUUCGGUGCCGGCUUCGGUGGCGGAGUAUCUUAGGUCUCAUCUUGGUGGAGAUACGACUGUGGAGACGCUUAAAACUGAAGGACAUUUGCCGCAUCUUAGUGCUCCGGCGCAGCUUGCUCAGUUUCUCCGGCGAGCUCUUCCUCGGUGACUCUUUUUUUUUUUUUUAAUAAAGAGAAAAUAAAAUAAAAAUAAACAAUUGGAGGAAUAUGGGAUUAGUGGGGUCCACGUAGCGAAGAAAAGAAGGGCCUCUAUUUGUGGAGGACAGUUUGGCAUUGUCACAAAUCUAGUAAUAAGAUAAGAUUGUUCACAUGACACGUGACUAUCGCAUUUAUAUAUCACUACUUCACUUUCUCUUGCUCUCUUGAUUAGUUUAAUUAAUCACAAGUUUAUUUUAAA